AUGGACGUUUACCAAGUAAUUUUAAACGCACUGUUUAUGCUCACAACGUACACAUUCUUUGUUCAUUUCUCGAAGACUGCACACGAAAAUUUUAUAGCUAAACUGCAAGUCCACAAAGGGGAUGACUGCCCAUCCGGGACCGUCUUGUAUCGUAUAAUUGACAACGAUGUGAUGUAUAAAGUACAAAUUCAGCAGAUUCUUCCCCACGACGUGUCAAAGACAGAAAACAAACUGAAGUUUUGUGCAAGAGAACCCCUUAAAAACAAAGACGAGGACAGCAUGGGAAAUUCAACUGUACAACGUGCGGAUAAACCAUUGGCAUACUACUUGAACCAAUUCUGUGGUAAAGAAAAUGACCACCCACUCGUUCAAAACCAACCUGGGACGGACCAAUCUGUAAUUGGAUAUCUGCUAGAAAAAGUUAAAGGGUCAGACGAGCGGAAGCUGCCACCUGACUGUCAGACUCCCUCAGACGUUUGGUCGUAUCAGACGCUUGCAUGGGGGAUAUUUCCGGGAACUCUCUGGUGUGGGUUCGGAAACAUGGCCGAGGAUAUGUACGGGAACUUAGGAGACCAUUCGGAGACAGACGACUGCUGUAGACAACACGACCUUUGCCGCCCUAUGAUCAAGGCACUCCAGACGCGCUAUUUCUUAUCAAAUCCAAGCGUCUUGCCGAUCAGUCAUUGCGGAUGUGACGACGAUUUUUACCGAUGUCUCCUUCGCGUCGGAUCACCAACAUCGAGGACGAUUGGGCGGAUUUUCUUUAACCUAGUAAAAAUGAAAUGCUUUGAUUUUGACAUGAAAGAAGUGUGCGUGUCCUCCGUUAUGGGCCUCUGCACUGCCAUGGAAACCAAAUGUGUUUCAGUGUUGAAAAGUAAUAAAGAAUUUCCGACUUAA